GCGGCAGGCAGCAAUGUCUUUCAUAGUUUCAUGUGAUAUUAAUCAUUCAUGAGUAUUGAGUACGCGACAACACAAGUUUUGUCAUUUAAAAUAUAACUACAUACAAACAUAUUUGUUGUUAUUUUAAUUGUAAUCGGCUUUGUUUGUAUUAUCUAAUUGUCACGAAGUGAGGAGCAUUAGAUAAGUUUUUCAAACCACCGUUAAAAAAUCCAAGGUUAGUCCAUGACUCGAAACUUUUACAUUUAACGGGACUUGCUUUUCUAUCAGUACAUUAGGGAAGUGUUAAUCUCAACAGAUGAAAUAUUGGCCAAUUUUUUAACUUACACUAUUAAUUAUGUGUUAAAAAUAUAAUUUAGGGUUAUUAGAUAUUAAACAUUGAAGAAAACGUCAUGGUGGGUAGGAACUAUCGUAAAAAACCCACUUGCGAGCAGUCAUAAAGAUAAUGUUCUUGAUUUCUUACCGUGCACGGACUAAGAUAGAAUUUAGAAAUAUAGAAUGAACAGGAAACGAUUCGUUUCAAGCGAACUACCUGGCGGGUGACAGCUGGGAGCCGGGGGGGAUUGAUCAAUCCACCUUGAUUCUUACCCUAAUAAUGAUCGAAUCACUCUAAUUUUUAAAAGUGUUCUGGUUUGAUACUCACUUAUAAGAUGGAGACGAAAAUGCGUGUGUAACGCCCUCUUAAAAUUUAAAUAAUGUUUAAAAGAGAUCAAAUCUUUUCCAAGUAAAGUAAAAUAUAAAUUAUUAAAUUACAAUGAACAGGAUAAGAAUAUAAGAUAUUAUUAAGUUUAUAAGGUGUCUUGGAAAAAAGAUUAGGAAUUGUUCGAAUAAAAAACCGUUAGCGGGAAAAUAAAUAUCCACGGAAUAUGGAGUAGAAUCAUAUUUAUUGUUUACUCCAUGAUUACAACUUACUGUUAAGCGCACAUAUUUUAUAAGCUGCCGAACUGCCGCGGCACAUACAAUUACUGUAGAGACCCGAGACCGUAAUACCGCACUACCGCCGAAGAAUAAGAUGAUAACGAAUUUCAUAUUUUUAAAUUAGUAUAUUUUAUAUUUUAUUUUUAUUUAUUAUUAUUAAGACUUGAACUCUUGUAUAGUUUUAUAUAUAUUUUGUGGUUUAAACUUUUAUUAUCGAGUUCCAAGACGUUAAGCUAUUAGUUUUUAUUCCUGUGCACCUACAGAAACACUGAAAAUGAGUAAAACAAUAGUUUAUGACACUUUGUCUAUUCCCGAUCCAUCAUUUAUUGAUGAUGAAGUAAGGAUGUUUGGUUCAUGGUUUGGAAUGAGUAAUAUUUGUAUAUUCCCAACCAAAAUGUGUGGACCAUCCGACAAUCAACACCCAUCCGGUGAUGAUAAAACUGAAAGGAACAUUUUACAUAUGAAACAUAAGACAAUGCUAUUUGAUCCUAAAGUAAGACAGCUAGUAAAUGAGUCAAGCGGCGUAUUCCAAGAAUUACAAGCCAAUGUGGAUGACCCAACCAAGUCCACUGAUGCUUUGUACUAUAGUAGAAAAUACAGGGCAAUCUUGUCAACUUGUAUCUUAGCAAUUGACCGAAACAACUUGGACAAAUCAAAUGAGACAUAUAACCAAUACAAAAUGUUGCUGCACAAUCUUCAACUCAUAUGGCAUUUGUGUGAAGUACUUUACCUUGUGACUGUUCCUGGUGAUACUAUUUUGAACAAUCUUUUAGAUUGGAUUAAGAUUCAUUAUGAAAAUGCUGAAAACCAAGCAUCAGUGAUUACAGAGAAUAAAAUUGCUUACUUAACUGAUGAACAUGUAGAAGAGAAAUUUACUUUUUAUUGGGAUACUGUUAUUGAACUAGUAUUACAAGGAAACAUUGACAUGGCCAGAAUGUUAUUGUCCAACCACUCACAAAGUGACACUGAACCAUUUCUUCAUGCAAUAAAAAUAUUUAAAUCUAUGCCUACCUAUAGUGUAUAUGGUGGUCUGCCAAUAGCAGAAUAUACAUCAAGAUUCAAGGGCUGGCAAUCAAGUGCAAAAUCCAAAUUAGAAUGUGGUAUAUUCUUAUCCGAUUCAAAUCUCAACAAUGUUAUGAAGAUUAUCUGUGGAGACCCAGAUUCUACUAGUUUGAUCCGCAAGCACUGUUCCACAUGGUUUCAAUUUCUAGUAGCUCAACUUAUAUAUACAGAUCCAACUGUAAAGAAACAUAGUUUAAGCUUAUAUGCUCAUCGUAGUGUUGCUAAAUAUUAUGAAGAAUCAGAGUAUAAUCAUAUGGAUACACUUGCUUUAGAUUUGUUUGACGGAGAUCUAGAAGGGUUCGUUAAAAAAUUGAAAUCCUAUCCUGAUUCUGGAUGGUCAUCAACUCAUUUGACUAAUUUGUUACAUCUGUGUGAUAAAAUUGAACCAGAGUUUGAUAUGUCCGAAGUAGUAGAAAAUACAAAUCCAAACGAACAGUAUCUCCUUGAUUAUGGAACAUUUCUCAUGACCCAUCACUCAUUGUGGCAAGCUGGUAUCACUUACUUAGAUAACUGCUCGGGUGUGGGUAAAGGACAUCUAUCAAUGUUGUUGUCAAAGUUAGGAAUAAUAUCAGAUUUGAGAUUGUCAAAAAUUUUACAUUAUGCCACGGCCAGGCGCUUACAUAAUGUUGUUUCUAGUGUUUGUAAAGUGAGAGGAAUGCUAAGCCUACAAAAGUCAAGAAUUGGUGAAGCUCUGUGUUGGGCAAUAAGAGGGCAAGACAGCGCUUUUGCCACUUAUUUAGGUGAUCUAUUUUUGAAAGAGUAUGUUAAAAGUGGAUCCUUUGCUUGCCCAGAUAUACUGGAUAAUUUAGGAUCGAUUGUUGUCACUUGUGAUCGUUUUAUGUUCAUUGGAAAGUAUAUACAAUUUCUUAAACUCGCUAUAGGUAAUAAACUCAACGAGGCUGCAUUAUUGUACAUAGAACUUUUAAGAUCUAAUAUUUGUCCAAAAUAUUUUAGACUAACAUUAUUGAUGGACGUUCUAAUGUUCAUUGACAACAGUACUGAGUGUUACUUUAAUAUUGCUGACAUGUCUCUCAUAACAAUGCGCUUGGAUGAUGCCAUUAUGGAAAGUAACGAAGAUGAUGAAUCCACGGAUAAGUUUUUACUAAGCCAAGUGUUUAAUAUUCGUCAAGGUAUUGUUAAGCUUGUGUCUAUUAGUUUAAUAACAAAAAAAAUGAUUGUGUAAAUUUUGUAUUAAGAUUUGUAUGUAAGUAUUUAUUAUGUUUUAAUGAAAAUAUUGAUUUUUUGUUCAUAAAAAUACAUAAGAAAU